AUGAAUGUAGGUGCCGAUGGCGCUAAUUCAGUAGUACGAAAAGCGAUGGGUGUGCUCUAUCCAAACUGGCAAUACAAUCAAUUAGGCAUCGUUGCGACUCUCAAACUAUCCGAGCCUACAGAGAACAUCGUCGCUUGGCAAAGGUUUCUCCCAACUGGACCCAUCGCGUUGCUUCCGUUAACAGAUUCUCUCAGUUCGCUUGUAUGGUCCGUGACGACCGAGAAAGCGAAGGAACUGCUGAAAAUUUCGGAGGAGGAGUUCGUCGAUAGCAUAAACGAUGCGUUGUGGCGAAUCUAUCCAAAGAACGGCAUUGUAGAGAGCGGAAUGCAGGCGCUCCGUCAACUGCUGGCGAAUCUGUCCCUGCAAACCGACGUGUCCAGACAAUUGCCGCCCUCCAUAGCCUCGAUCAUAGAAGGAUCGCGAGCAGCAUUUCCUUUAGGUUUCGGCCACGCCGCAUCUUACGUUCAACCUGGUACAGUAUUAAUCGGGGAUGCGGCUCAUCGGGUCCAUCCCUUGGCCGGUCAAGGCGUGAACCUGGGUUUCGGCGAUGUGACGGUGCUGACGCAGAUUCUGGCCGAGGCUGUCGUGAAUGGCAGUCAUCUCAAUAAUAUACACUGUUUGCGUCAAUACGAGACGUUGAGGCAACGUCACAACGUGCCGACGAUGCUCAUUAUCGAUGCACUUCAUCGUCUUUAUGGGGGCACUGCAGCUCCCGUUGUUCUAGCUAGAAGUCUAGGCUUGCAAUUGACGAACGCUAUACCGCAAAUCAAAAAAAUGUUGAUGGAACAAGCUGCAGGAGGAACAAUUAAAUGUUAA